AUGGACUACAUCACGCGUAUGCUCUCUAAUCCACUGCAGAAUGUUCACUGCCUGAUUAUGGUCGACGCCGAUCGCCCGGGUCGAACCCUCUCAUGGCAGGAGUACUCGGUUACCGUCAAACGUGUAGCCGUAGGGCUGCGUGAAGCGGGUGUAGCCGACCGAGAUGGAGUAGGGCUUCUUAGUCCCAACGACAUAUACUUCCACGUCUUCGGUGACGGCGCCAUUGCCGCAGGAGCAGUGUUUGUUCCUAUUCCCGGGUUUGUUAAAGAAGCAGAUCUGGCAAAUUGCAUUACUUCAGGAGAUGUGAAGUGGUUGUUUGCCUCGCCCGAGCUCAUAGAGCUGGCACUGGCGACUGCAGAAACGUUGGCCAUGGACACAUCCCGAAUAUUGGUUUUCGAUCCACCCGGGCUUGAUCCGUACAACGGCCCUAAACUAAGUUUUAGCAGACUGAUGGAAGCCGACGAGACCGUCUGGCGCAACCCGUACAACGGCCAGGAUCCAAGGACCUUGACAGCUAUUCGACUGUUUACCAGCGGAACAACGGGCAAGAAUAAGGCGGCCGAAAUAUCUCAUGCCACUCAGGUUGCGCGGCUGGAUUCAGAUCAUGCGGUGUUGCCACUCGGGUCGAAAGUCCUUCAGAUAACUGGCAUUUACCACCUCUCGGGACAAACAGUCUGUAACCGUGCUUGUGCAGGCAUGUUGACGGCGUACGUUUCCAGGGUCGACAACGAUCCGGCUACUAUCCUUGAUAAGAUCCAAGUUUAUGGAAUUGACGCAGUCCUAUUUCCAACUGUAUUGAUUAAGAAGUUGACGGCUGCACUACUUGAUGGGGUUCGGCCUCGGGACACUCUCCAGUCACUUCGCUACGUCACGUUCGGCGGAUCAUUCUGUGGGACACCAGUGCUUGAAGCCCUCAAAGAUCUGUUGCCAAGGGAAGCACACUUGCGGCCUGUCUAUGGCUCGACAGAAAGUUGGUUCGCUAGUAUCGCGCAGGAUUGGACACCCGGAUAUGUCGGUUCGCCUAUGGAGGAUGUCCAAGUGAAGGUCAUCGACCCCGAGACGUUGGAGCCUCUCGUCCCCGGGAUCGAAGGUGAAAUCUGCUUGCGCAGCGCAUAUGUCUUCGAUGGGUACUGCAAGAACCCAGAAGCUUCGAAGUCUGCUUUUCUGCCCGGUGAAAGCUGGUUCAGAACUGGGGAUAAGGGAAGUUUGGACGUGAGAAACGGUCAAAUUGCCUUGACUGGACGUUACAAAGAGAUCUUCAAGGUGAAUUCUGUACAGGUUUCGCCCAGCGAGGUCGCCGAGCAGCUGAUGCUGCACCCUGGAAUUGAGGACGCUGUGGUUUGCUCAACGCCUGCCCGAAAUGAUGAUGACGCCGUGGAGUGUAUGGCAUAUGUUGUUCGCAGAAAGGACUUGACGGCGCAGGAGGUGGUUGAUUAUAUUGCGACGAAAUUGAACCGACAUAAAAGCCCAACGGGUGCUGUCGUGUUUUGCGAGCACAUCACCCGGGGCGCGGCGGGAAAGCCGGUAAGGGACCAUUUGGUGGCACAGACUCCGCUUCCCGGAUCGGCGAGGUAUUUGAGCCUUUCUGCAAGUCAUAAUUAA